AUGUUCGACUAUCUCCAGCUCGGCACCGGGCUCGUCGACGCCAUCCUCGCCCACCGCCUCGCAGCCGCCGCAGCCGACCUCCUCCAGCUCGACCCCGCCCCAGUCUACGCCCCCUGCUGGGCCUCCCCCACACACGACUAUGCACGCACGCCCCGGCCCGCCCUCGUCCCCGCCAAGGGCGCCUUCGUCGCCGCCAUCCUCGCCGCCAAUGUCCAUCCCUACCUCGCCUUCCGCCUCCUCCACCGCUUCUUCCUGCGCCUCCAGGACUCGCUCGUCGAGAUGCCGGGGUCCAAGCACGACCUCUUCCGCGCCCGCUUCCUGCCGCUCAAGGACAAGCGCCUCCUCAUGCGCUUCCUCGCCUCCGACCGUGUCCCCCGCCCCGGCCAGUCCCUCGCCGCCUUCCUCGCCGACCACGCCAUCUCCUCGCCCGCCCUCCACGCCCUCCUCGCCGGCCUCUCCCUCGCCCCCUCCGUCGCCCCGCAAGCCGCCCCCGCCCUCCACAGACUCCGCACCCUCCUGGCCGCCCUCGGCCUCCACGCCCCCGCCGGCCUCUCCGCCCUCCCUGCCGCCCUGCUCGUCGCCGAGCACGCCGGGGCCAGCGACUGGGCCGAGGCCUUCGUCCGCGCCGCCGCUCUCACCGGCCGGGCCACCCAGGUCCUCGGCCGCCCCGUGCUCGCGCUCGCCCCCACAUCCGACGGAUGGGCCGUCCGGCUCGGCCCCCAUCCCGCCCAUCCCCACGACCCCCACGAGCUCGUCUUCGCCGCCCGCCACCUGCUCCUUGCACAGCCCCUCCUGCCCCUCCUGCUGCCCGACUACGUCCCCACUCUGGCCUACACCCUGCUCCGCGCAACCGUCAUCCUCGACACCCCAAACCCCGUCCCCGCACCCCUCGCCCACGACACCCUCUUCGUCCUCCCCCACGACCCUCUCCCGCCCACACACGCCCUCGUCCGCGGCCCAGACACCAACGCCUGUCCCCCCGGUCACCGCGUCCUCUAUCUCUGCACCCUCCAGGAAGGGCACUCUGAAGACCCGGAGACCCGGCUCAGGCCCGUCCUCGACGCCCUGCUCGCCCUCGUCUGCGGGCCCGGAGAAGGAGCAGGAGAAGGGAAACGAGAAGGAGAAGGAGAAAGAGAAGGAGAAGGACAACGAGAAGGAGAAGCAGCAGGAGAAGGAGAAGGAAAAACAGCAGGAGAAGGAGCCGGAGAAGGAGAAGGAGAAAGAGAAGGACAAAGAGCAGCACCAAUCACCAUCCACGAAGCCGUCUUCUUCGCCCAACAAGUCCACCACCCCCCCAGCCCCGGCCUCCUCCCGCCCAACGCCACCGUCGUCCCCGACUGGCCCGCCGACCCCGAGCACGCCGGGUUCGCCGCCGUCGUCGAGUGGGCCGCACGCACCGCCGCCGACGUCGCCGAGAGCCUCAUUGCGGCCCGUCCCCCUUCCACGCCGGCGCCUCCGGAGUGA